AUGAGCUCCCCGGAACCCCAAGAUGCCACCCAGCCCGCCACCGGCUCUCCCUCUGAAUUUCUCCAAAACAUUGUCGGUAAGCGAGUCAAGGUCAGAAUAGGAAGCGGAGUUGACUACACUGGUCUUUUGACGUGUCUGGAUGGAUACAUGAACGUGGCUCUGGAGAACACGGAAGAAUGGGCGGGGGGUGUCAAGACGGCAGACUAUGGGGACUGCUUUUUGAGAGGCAAUAACGUCCUCUAUAUCUCUGCUUUGGAGGAGAUAUGA